GCGACCUUUUUGUAAGAGCAGUUCACAGUUCAACUUGGCAAGUUAAUUGAGCACAUUCUUUGUAAUGAGGGCGGUAUUGUUGUUACUUUUUGCAGUAGCAUUUUUUGCUAUUGUAAUCCAAGCAAAAAGAAACGAUAGGAGUCAUAGGAAUCAUAGGAGUCAAUAUGAGCCCCGUUGUUCUAGAUUCAGCAGAUUUAUGGGUAGUACAAGAAGUGCAGUUAGACGAAUAGACCACCAUGAUGCAGAACUGGAAGUUAGUUUUACCAUUCCGGAUAAUAUUUUCGGUGCUUUUCCCACAUAUGAUGAGUGUUCCGAAGUGAACGGAGACAUCGCAAAAUUACAUACAUACGCUGCGCAAAAAUACACCGAAUCAAAUCAAGGCGACAUAGACGAUUUUGAAGCAGAAAUUACAGCAUGUGAACAAAAUGAACCGCUAGAUGCUACAUGCAGAGCAUCCACGCCGGCGACACUACCCAAAUAUCGACCAGUUGACGGCCGUGGAGUCAGCCCUGCCAAUCCCGAAUGGGGAGCAUCAAACACUCCAUUUGCACGAGCCGGACCAGCUGGCUAUCAAGACGGAAUCGGUGCCAUCAGAAAAGCUAAAUCAGGAAACGAUUUACCCAACGUUCGAGACAUAGUAGAAAAAUGUUUGACGAAAGCCGAUCGAGUGCCAGUAAACACCAAUAACUUUGUCUACAGUAUAUUUGCAUUGAUGACUGUUCUGUUUAUCACCCAUGACGUACAUUAUCAAACACCAGUACAGCCAAGUGAUCCAUCUCUUGAAAUACAAUGCUGUGCUGCCGGUAAUACAGGACUGUUACAAGCGAAUGAAACACAUUCUUCAUGUUUUCCAAUCGAAGUCGCACCAAAUGAUCCGGUGUAUGGACCUGCAAGUAUCCGUUGCAUAAAUUUGGUGAGAUCCGAGAGAUCCGAAUACACAGAUCAAACUCAGCCCGGACAGAUCAUGAAUCGGGCGACUUCAUACUUGGACGUGUCUCUCAUUUACGGAAAUCAGCAAUCGGAGCUCGACCCGAUCAGAUUAUACAGUGGAGGACUACUGCGAAUGGAUUCAAAAGGAGUUUUACCUGUAGAUUCUACUGGAAAUUACAUACCUUCUAUGAGACGAUUUACUAUGGUUCCUAUGGCUUCAGUUUGGCCAUCAUUGUUCGCCCGAAAUCACAAUACAAUUGCCACAAGGCUUGCAGAACUGAACACUUGUUGGAGCGAUGAAAAAUUAUUCCAAGAAGCCCGCCGAAUUAACAUUGCUACCUUCCAAUUCAAUUUGAUCACAUCAGGAGCUGUUCAAGAUUCCAUCAGUAACAUUCCAAUCAAUGAAAAUUAUGACCCAAAUAGAAACAGUGCAACUUCUCUUGAAUUUGCAACUGCUUAUCGUACGCCACAUUAUUACAUUCAACCAGAACUUAAGCUUAUAAAGGACGAUGGAACUGAAACUAACUACCUCCAAUCCGACACGAUCGGCAAAAUGGAAGAUAUAUUGUUGGCAACUGACACUAGCUUCGAAGAGGCUGUGAGAGGAGCACAAUCUCAGAUGAUAAACACUGGAGUAUACAGCGACGAGGUAAUAAACAGAAUUGGCAAGUCAGGUUCCAAUGGCAUCGGCUGGGAUCUCAUUUCUAUUGAUUUGCAACGCGCUCGAGACCAAGGCCUUCCUGGUUUCCUACAAUUGAGAAGAGCUUUAAAUCUCACCCCGGUAAUAACCAGUUUCGCCGAUAUGUACGCAACGAAUUUCUUGCCUGUGCAAAAUAUUCAAUUAUUGGAGAAUAUCUACGAGGACGCUGAAGAUAUCGACUAUUACGUUGGUUGUGUAAUGGAAACUAUCCAACUCACUGGAAAUCCACUCGUUGGUGCAACUUCUGGCGCUGUUAUUGCCAGGCAAUGGGAUAAUUUUGCCGGUGGCGAUCCAUACUACUACAAAAAUCCGAGCAGUCCACAUCCAUUCUCACAAGAGCAAAUUUGGUCCGUUGGUAAUUACACAAUUUCGAAUCUUCUUUGUGCCAACACAAACAUGAAUGAAACCGCCGCGGGAUGGCCAUACGCAUACGAUCCGCCAGGUAAAACACCCCCGGUUAAUCCCCUUAUCAGCUGUGACUUUUUCCCGGAAAUGAAUUUGGCGCCAUGGGAAGAAACUGAAUGUGUAGUAGAUUAAUUGUGUCAAAUAAUCUCGAUUGUAGUUAAAAUUAAUAAAAAUCGCAUUUUCGAGCACUAAUGCUUCCAAAGCGUAAAA